GUGGAGUAUAAAUUGGCUGCUUCUCAAGGCGGUGUCUAUUCACUCUCCAAGGGAACCAGCUCCUGGUGCUGAUUUGAGCCCCAGCUGACACCAUGUGUGACGACGAUGAGACCACCGCUCUUGUGUGUGAUAAUGGCUCCGGCCUGGUGAAGGCUGGCUUUGCCGGAGAUGAUGCGCCUCGCGCUGUCUUCCCCUCCAUCGUUGGUCGUCCUCGCCAUCAGGGUGUCAUGGUAGGUAUGGGACAGAAAGACUCCUAUGUGGGUGAUGAGGCCCAGAGCAAGAGAGGUAUCCUGACCUUGAAGUACCCAAUUGAGCAUGGUAUUAUCACCAACUGGGAUGAUAUGGAGAAGAUCUGGCACCACACCUUUUACAAUGAGCUGCGUGUGGCCCCCGAGGAACAUCCCACCCUUCUCACUGAGGCUCCUCUUAACCCCAAGGCCAACAGAGAGAAGAUGACACAGAUCAUGUUUGAGACCUUCAACGUUCCUGCCAUGUAUGUGGCCAUCCAGGCUGUGCUGUCACUGUACGCCUCUGGUCGUACCACUGGUAUUGUGCUGGACUCUGGAGAUGGUGUGACCCACAAUGUCCCCAUCUACGAGGGCUACGCUCUUCCCCACGCCAUUAUGCGUCUGGAUCUAGCCGGUCGCGACCUGACCGACUACCUGAUGAAGAUCCUGACUGAGCGUGGCUACUCUUUUGUGACCACUGCUGAGCGUGAGAUUGUGCGAGAUAUCAAGGAGAAGCUGUGCUACGUCGCUCUGGACUUUGAGAAUGAAAUGGCCACUGCUGCUUCCUCCUCUUCUCUGGAGAAAUCCUACGAGUUGCCUGAUGGCCAGGUCAUCACUAUCGGGAAUGAACGUUUCCGUUGCCCCGAGACCCUCUUCCAGCCUUCUUUCAUUGGUAUGGAGUCUGCUGGUAUCCAUGAGACCACAUACAACAGCAUCAUGAAGUGUGACAUCGACAUCCGUAAGGACUUGUACGCCAACAACGUCCUGUCUGGUGGCACCACCAUGUACCCAGGUAUCGCUGAUCGUAUGCAGAAGGAGAUCACAGCUCUGGCCCCCAGCACCAUGAAGAUCAAGAUCAUCGCUCCCCCUGAGCGCAAGUACUCCGUCUGGAUCGGUGGGUCCAUUCUGGCUUCCCUGUCCACCUUUCAGCAAAUGUGGAUCAGCAAGCAGGAAUACGAUGAGGCUGGCCCAUCCAUCGUCCACAGGAAGUGCUUCUAAGUGCCAGGGGACCCAUAUUACACUGAUUAUGGAUGCAAAAAACUGAAAUCCUCAACAUUACCUCCGCCUGUUAUGCAUGCAGGCAUUUUUGCCUGUAUUUUUCCUUGUACAGUAUGUUUACACCAAAAGUGCAAUUUGUUUGUAGUUUAUUUACUGGUUCAGAACAAAAUUUGUAUGUGAAUAUUUAUUGGUUUUUAAAUAAACAAUUUUCCUCCAGAA